UGCGUUUCCUCUUCUCCAGCUGCGAGUCUGUUGAUAUGAGGAGGAGGAGGAUAGAAUGCAGGGCUGAGGAAUAACGGCAUAUCUCUCUGUUCUUACCUCGCUUUCUCAUGCCGGUGUCGCUAAAAUGGCUGGUAUAAACAGAACGAGCGCGAGGUCCUCUCUGGUGGUGUCGGCAGUCAGUUGCUCACGUUUGCGAAAAGUCCAGGCUCUGCUGAAGGAUGAUGGCAGCACAGCUCCAGAUGGCAUCCUCUGCUCACUAGGCAUUGACAGUCGAUAUAAUCAGGGCUGCAGUGAGCUGGCCAGCUACCUCUUCUUCGGUUUGUAUAAACACAACCAGGAGCAGAUCCCUGAAGAUUUCCCUGAGGAGGUGCUGGAUGAUGUGAUCAUCCUGAUAAAGGCAGAGAGUGUGCAUCUGUACUGUAACCCAGUGAACUACAGCUACUUGCUGCCGUAUGUUUCCCACUGGAGGAAUCUGCACCUGCACUGCAUGAAUGAAACAGAGUACGAGGAUGAGGAAUCAGCAGAAGAAUUUAAAAUCUCCAGCUUUGUGUCAAUGGUUGAGGACUGCACUUGUAUUGGAAUUCCCUACAGCUCUCCAAGCCAUGCUCAGAAGUUUGAUGUCUUCAUGUUGGAGAAGUGGCCCAUUAUUCAAGCAUUUGCUCUGGAGGGAAUCGGAGCUGGAGGAUUUUUCACCAUGAAAUAUAAGCUGGUUGAUGUGAGUGAGCAGCUUUGGCAGACCUAUACAAGACUGGACCCAGUGUCUUUGGACUGUCUGCUCAGUGAGGAUUUGCUAACAUUUGAGAGACAAUGGAGCUGCUUAUUCUCCAGUAUGGACAUAGAGACUCCACUGUCUAUGCUGGAGUUGUCUGAGGCUCAGACUGCCGAGCCAUUCAGAACAUAUUACUCCCAUGGUCUUAUUUCUAGUAAUAUUACAGAUAACAGCAAAAGCCGACAGCCAUUUGUCUUGUUUGGAAAUCACUCCGCUAAAGAGGAUCUGGACAACUACUGCUUUACAUUUCCAUCUGAGGGACACCAAGUCCGCAACACAGGACCACACGGGGGCUCUGCUAAACACAUGCUUCUUCAGUGUGUGGCUCCUAAGGGCCCGCUGGCCUGUGCAAGAACCUAUUUCUUUGGCAGCACUCAUGUCCCCUACCUAGCGAAUGAUAACACCCAGCAGAAAAAGACUGAGCUCCUGUUGCUUUCACAGAUCUACUCAGCUACAAUCCAGGCUGUGCUGGCAGGGAUAAAGUGCUUCUCCAUCAAUUCCAGUUCUAGCAAGGCCAAGGAUGUUGCUGAGCAAACAUUUCAGCUGGCCUUGGACGCAUUUGGUUUGCUUCAGUAUCGGAAUGCCCUCAGGUCCAAAGCUGUGUUCAGCAUCCAAGCUGUGAACAAUGAGGGCAGAGUUAUACCUCUCAGCGAUGAGCGCAGUCGUUUUUUGAUCAAAACUGCUUCCAUGGUGGUCUAUGAUAUUCCAGAUCUCCAGUGGGGAGGAAGUAACCUUGGAUCUGUAGUUUUCUCUGAGUCCUUCCUGGAGUCUAGCAUCUAUAUUCAAAAUAGGGAUGGAGCUCUUUCCACAGACAGCUGCUUCACUGUGCUUACUUCUUCAGUCCCUCGCCAUAUGUGCUGGCUGGUGGACGAGUCUGAUGUAAGAUUGUCUGAGCAGGCUCUGCAUCUGCUAAAGGAAGAGAAUGGCACAUGUUUAGGCGUUCCUCUGACGACUAAAGACUCAGCCCAUGUGUACUCCAACAGUCUUCUUUCCACACCUGAGGAAGGCAAGCUGGUGUUUUUCUCAGAGGGGUUACUGUUUGUCCAUGCACGUUACGGCACAAUUACCCUCUCCAAGAACCACAUCAACACCAUCAAGGUCUACAAUGGGGACUCUAUCUCUGCUACAGCAGUGCUGUUCAUAGAAUACGAGAGCUCUCUGCUACCCCACCUCCCUUUUCCUCUGCAUAGCGCUGAUCGCUGCUUGGCUAUCACUCUGAUGCCCAGAACCAAGGGAUAUAAAAGCUUUUACUCCCAGGUCCUGCAGAUUUGGAAUAAGCCUGAUUCUGGGCUCUGGGUGCAGCAUGUGGACCAAGACCAGCUGAGCCUGGACCAGAAAAAUAUGUACUCCAGAUUACUGAAGCUCCAUGAUCCACACAGUUCAUCCCCAUCAAACCCCAGAGCAGCCCUGAGAAGCGCUUAUCCGGAGCUGCCGGAGUUGGACAGGUUCCUGAAGCACUUCACUGUCAGCAGCAGUGUCUGUGAGGAGUCUGUCUGCAGUGACCACCUAGCAGCUCUCUUUCCAAACGCCCACCCUAAACCAGCUCCUUCUGAGUCAGAGAGAAAGGUUGUCCUUUCCAUCAUUUCAGGCUUGCCAGGCAGUUUUAAAGAGAGUCUGUGUGAUUUCUUGGUUGAGGUGAAUCAGGAGUGUGGAAGAUGGGAAGUAUAUUACCCUGAUCAAGAUGCAGAAGAUCUCUGUGUUCUACAUCUCCAGCGCUACCUGAGCAGCCUGGUGUCCAAUCUGAGUGAAACACAUUUCAAUACACCAAGAGUGUUACUACUGACACCAGAGUACACUGAUGUGUUGGAUGUUCUCCAAGCUAUCGUAUCUCACCCAGACCGAAAGGUUCAGAGACGAGUGAGUGUGGGUGCUGUCACAGCCUGUGUCAAUCCUCUACAUUCCUUUAUGGAACACAGGUUUCUUUUCCCCAAACUGUUGGAACAGUGCAGUCAGGGGGCUGUCAAUAAUGUGGUAUUUACUGGUUUGACUACGGAGCAAAAGCACCCUCUGCUGAAACACAUGCAGCAGCUGAUCCAUUCAGCCAAUCCCAAUGCUGCGUUCAUUCUAGCUGAGAGAGGAGCCGUGACCAGAACUGAAGAUAUGCGUCUGAUUCUGAGUGAUAGCAGUUUCUCCCACCCUCAGAUGAUCAGAGCCCGGUACCUGCUGUACCCUGGCUGGUGGGAGGGCAGAUUUGUAUCUGGCUGUGGAUCUGUCUCCAUGUCUCAACACUAUUUGCAGUUCAGCCGUCCUCUAGAGAGAGCCCUAUUCCUGCAACGCUGCAAAGGACUAAAGUCUUCUCUCAGAGGCAGCCCCUACACGGGAAACAUCUAUCACAUCAGUGGGAAAGUGCUCUUCUCUGACAGUAACAGAUUAAUGGAGGUGAGCUGUAACUCUGUCAGUGGGAGUGUGACCGUGGCCCCUGAUCAGUGGUCCACCCAUAGUCCCAAAACCACACACACCUGCUACCUGCUGAUAUACGGGGUGGGAUUCUCCCAGGAAGGCCUGAAGGAGUGGCUCAGGCAGUGUACUAAACAGAAAGAGCCAAAGAAAGCUAAGAAGACCAAGAGGACUCUUACACCACAGGAGAUCAGAAGCAUUCAUGUGAAGAGGCACCUGGACCCGCUCCCUUCUGGUUACUUCUACAACGGAUAUCAGUUUGUCAGUUUCUAUGGAGAGAAACUGAAUUUCCACCCUUUGAUGGACCAGUUCAUCGAGGAGUAUCUUCAGGAGGUCAACAAAGAGGUUGAGUGCUUCAACCGAGAGGUGGACCUGUAUGCACACACUGAUCUCUUCGACUAGAACUCCUCUCACACUCAGAGAGUUCUUUUGGGAAGGGGGGAGGUGGAGGGUGGGUUCACUUCCGGACCAUUAUCAGCAGCCGUCCAAACAAGCUAUCCAAUUAAAUGUUCAAUUUAUUGUUCACAUGAUGUCCCAAAAGAUAAGGAGGGAAGUGUUAGCUACUUUAUCUUUAAAAUCAGGGAAAACCGCUGCAGUCUGCAAAGUGAAACGAUGAAAGAUGAUCUUCACUCAGCUCACCAGCACUUUAACGAAAAAGCAAGGAUCUUAGGGUCAUCUUUGCUUAACUCUGUACUGUACAUAGUGUUAAUGUACCACCGCUAGAGCGAGAGAUGACAGCAAUCAGUGGUCGGUUCCUCUCUAAUUCCGGUAUCCUGUGCCCAAAUGAUCAGAGCUCCAUAGGAUCAUAUGCGGAUGUUAAUAGAGUGUGUCAACAGGGCAGAACCUGCUUGAACAGGAAAAGGCUCUGAUGUCCACAACCAAGGGAGUGAGUGCAGAUGGGGAGACAGAUGUGUCGCUCGAUUGGUCUGUAGACUCCAGCUGUGGAGCUGAGGUGAUCAUCUCUCAUCUACUGCAGCACUGACUCGCGCAGCGGCGUCGAGUCGCUCUGAAGUGGUCAUUAAAGCAGGUGCUGUGACCACGAGCACAGAAGUCAUUCCAUUUAUGGUGGGGAACAGGGAAAGGGGGAGGGGGUAGGGGACAAGGGUUGACGGUCACAGAGUUAAAAAAAAAAAAAAAAAAAAGUUAACAGAAUUUGGAAAUCUUUCUGGGUUUUUGAUUUUUUUUUUUUGGAGUGUCAGGUAGGGUUGUAGAUGGGGUAGAAUGAAUUUAAUGCUUUCCCCCUUUCCCUUGUUAUUGCUUAAGCUUGUUCCCAUCCCCGUGGUUGUAGGGCCGGCAUGUAACAAUAGGAUUUGGAUAGGCUUAUCUUCUAACUUACAUGAACUCGGCUGGAAAGGUGUCUUGUUAAAGCCUGUGUUACCUCAGGCUGCGACUCGGGUUAGCCGAGGCUUUGAUGGGCCGGGGAGGGUCAUAUAAUAACCAGCUCCGGCUGAAGUGGGAUUAAUAUGUGUUUAUUAGAGCCGGUAGGAGUGGAUCCAAUCUGUUCCGUGCCGUUUUGCAGGCAGAUUUAGCUCUUUUACCUGGGGUCUCGCUUCUCUAUGCAUGUUUACUCAUAAAUGCAGAAAUACACACAGCAGGGGAGCAGCGGUGUCGCUCUCUCGCGCACACUCUCAUAUUUGACCUUGCGUCAUCUGUAAGACGAGAAUUACGAAGCUAAAAGUGUAACGCUUCAAAAGUGAUUACGGCACUGCUGAAGUGUUAGAUAUGAAAGGGCAGGGGGAGGGUGGGAGGGGUGGGUUUGCACUUCCAAAGAAAUGAGAUGCAUCCAUCUGCAGAGCUGGAGAGCCAGCCGCUGUUCUAGACCAGCAGUUUUAGAGCAGUAGUUUAGAACAGGGUGUGCCAUAGUUUUGCCUAGCAGCGUGGACUGUAAAGGGAGUGUUGUGAUUGUAGGUUGCUGCCGCUGUGUUGGUUGACGUUAAAUAUUAUAGGUCAGUUUCCCAGACGGGGAGGGAUUAAGCGCAGAGUUUCAAUCAAAAGGAAAAUCUAGUCUUUGAUUAGGCUUAAUCCCGUAGGCUUAAAGUAUAUUCAGGGGCCUUAUUUGCCAAAUUUUCAGUUCUUAGCCAAGUCUAAGAGAAAUAUCUAUAUCUCUAUACAGUAGAUUAUUCAGAUUAUCUUUAAUAAUAUUUUUCUAUUAAACACUGAAAAGAGCAAAUUUUUCUAUUAAACAAGAAAAGAGCUCAUUCAUUAAGUGCUGCCUAACAGUGCUGCCUGUUAAUUCAGAAUCUUAUUAGGCAAGCCUAUACUAAUAAAUAAUUCCAGCAUCAUUAUUUUUUCAUAGACAAAAUUUAAUUCAACUAUCAUUUACAACGACAACUUGUUUCCUGUCAAAGUUAAUCAAAUUUGCAAUGAAAUAUGGAAUGAUUUACAAAUGCAGCUUCAAAUUGCAUGUGUGUUUCAAACUGCAAUUUAAAAUCUCAAAACGAAUUCAUUAAUAUUGACAUAAUCUUUAUUAAACAUCUAUGAUUAUUUUAGUCAGCAACCAUUUAAAUUUUUAUUUCCACUUAUUUGCCUUGUUUUGAGCGACGCAAAAGACACAUUUAAAUUUGUUAAAUUUGGCAACCAAGUCUGAGGAAUUAAAAUUGCAAAUGGAUUGGAAUCAAUUAGCAGAAAUAAGAAAAUCAGAAAUCCAAUUUUUACAGAAAUCAAUCUGGGUACAAUGUGGACAUGCCAAAAAUCAGAUUUGGGCUUGCAGUCUGAACACAGCCUAAAACUACGCCUUGGAACGUCUUGCUGGUCUGAAAUUGCUGCAGCUGGCUCUCCGGCGACUCUGCAGAUGGAUGAUGUUGAAAGAAACUCGUACACUGCUGCUCCUCUCUGUGCUGCAAGUAUAUAAAAACAAGUAUAGUAGUGGAAUUCCAUACACGUGUGAGCACGACGCGUGGGCUAGCGUUUCUCUCACCAAGCCAUAUUAUGCAGUAUAGGAGUAUGUCACAGUUGCCGUGGUCAUUGAUAUGCUAGAGAGAUGUGUCGCUGUCGCUGUCCACACUUGUCACUGUUGCUAUGGAGAUUCACAAUAUGGUAAACUUGCUGCCAUCGCCAUGCAGACUUGUGACUUUGUACCUUGUUAGCAAGCGAAUGCAGUUUGCCCCAAUACAGCACAUCCAGGCCCUGUUAUGGUGAACUCUGAAAGGACGGCAGCGCUGCGAGGACGUGUGUGUGUGUGUGUGUGUGUGUGUGUAAGCGUGUCCACUCUGAACUACAAAAGCAGAGCCGAGCCAACUCGCACUCUCCACUGACUGACAGAGCCCUUAUGCUGUGCAGUUGCUCCAAGAGUGGAGUUACACAAUCCCUACCGCACCUCAGACACACACACACUCACACACACACACACAUACAUUAUCAGAGUGGUGUUACAUUGUCAGAGCAGAGCCAGGCUCAACACAGCAAGCAGCUGUCCUUAAAGGGUGCAGGGCUACGUAACACUUAUCAUAUAAUCGGUAGUUGAAAGUAGCGGUAAUUUUAGCACAUACUAUCUGCAUGUGUUAAGAUGUCUUACUUACUAAAGGUCUAUUUAUAACAACACAAAUGCCUUUCACCAAGCUGGUACUACAAAGAGGAAAUUUUUCCGUCUAUUUUGCAUAUCUGAAAAGAAUUGAAUUACCUCGAGUGAGAGGAGCAAAGUGUAUUUUUAUAAGGCUGUGAAUUUAAAAUAAAGAGAAAAAAAUAAAACUAAACUAAACUAAAGAUUCAAUUAGGGGUAAAUGCUGCUCCUAUAUGAUGAAGAACAAAACAAGUUCUAAAGUUCUGUCUAUCAGAGGCUUCAGGGGAAGCUGCCACAGCAGUGCCUUGGCCAAAAAGAAGAACGAGAGGAACGAGAGAAAGGCCGAGCGCCAGUGUUGGUGAAAGGAUAAGCAGAGUCUUCGUUUUAUAUGUGAAGGGUCAGGGGGUGGAAUGCCGGCUGGCAGGAGGGGCACUGGAGGGCAGCAGAGCAAAACUCUAGAGUCUAGACAAAGACGACUGUGCCUUGAUAGUGUCUAGUGUCAAGGCAAAUCCUGAGCUUGGAGAAAGUUGGCAUAAUCUGUUUUAUAAGUAGUGCUGUGCAUUGAUAAGAACUUGAUAAGGCGAUAUGAUGCGUAUCACAAUUGGGGGUGGGAAUUUGACGAUAUUAUCACGAUACUUUAUCUGCGAUAAAGAUGAUCUCACAAUACUGUGAAUACUCAAUAUAUCGCAAGACGAUAAUCUACAAUAAUUCACAGCAUCUGUGUUACUGGAGAGGAUAAUAUACUCCUAAAUGCCAUGAAUUGUGGAUUUAUUGGUGUCAGUUUUAAAGAAUUUAAUGAGCAAUAUUUAUCACAACAGGUUUAACCUAAUUAUUUAAUUAGUGCCACCAUGUGCAGUAAUGAAGCUGAAACAUUAGUAAUUAGGCUUAAGAUGUUUAGUAUGCCUAAUGUUUCAAUAAAAUAUAGAUUUUUGAUAUACAAUAUAUUGCAAAAUCAAGAUUUUGUCCCACCCCUAAUCACGGUACAGGGUUACGAUUCAUUGUAUUGUUAUAAAUUGCGAUACUGUAAGCGAGAUAAUAUAUUGCAAUUAGUGCUGUCCAUUAAUUGAAAACAAAAAUCUCCAUUUAAUCUUAAAGUUUUAUGUUAAUAAUUAUAAUUAUUUGCAUUUUAUUCUUAACACUGAAACAUGUGAUAAUAGACAUUUACAUGGUAUUGGAAGUUAGUUAUGAGAUUUAAUCCAUAUUCAAACAAUUAAAUAAAAAGUGAUCUACCUUCUGAACUCAGCAGCUGUGAUGUCUAGUUUACGUCGCUAAAUAAAACCGCAAAUACUUCACUAGGCACAGUAUAAAGUGGGAGGUUGGUUAAAUAAUUAAAAUUUGCAUUAAAAAAUGAAUGCUUUAAAGUUUCCGGAUUAAUCUCCUGUGUUAACACAUUAUUGUUGACAGCACUAAUUGCAUUAUUUUUACAUAAAAUUUUAAGCAAACAUAAACACACCAUCUUUUGGUAAAAGAAAGGUUCAUCAGACCAGUGGGGGCAGUUAGGAUUUAUAUAACACAAAAUGAACCACUGUCGGCCACCUGUUCUUUACCAUCUAAACUAUUGACUAAAAAUCAAUACUGAGUUUUUAAGACCUGCUACAGUAUUACAAAACAUAUAUCGCAAGACUCUUGAUACAUCAAAAUUCACUUACUGCCCUACUUAUCAAGUGGAAGGAUGAAUGAAUGCAGAUUUGGCUAUGGGCUCCUCCUUUUUAUCCUCAUUAAGUAAAAGGAGAGGACCUCAGUGAGGCCCUCCAGGCUGUCCCCGAUUCUGCCUGCCGGGUACCCCCCUGGCCAUCGUACCUGUGGAGCUGAGGUUAGAGGACUAAAACAGAGUUUGGUGUCUAACAGAAAGAAUUUGCCUUUUAUAUAAAUAAGAAAUGAUCUUAGAUUAGAGGUUUUCGUUGUUUGAAGUUUAUUUUUGACUUUGAUUUUAAGCUGAAUAUUGGCUGCAGAGUUUCGAGGCCAUUCCUUUAAAGCAAAGCACUUUUUUAGAGACUGUAAUCAGAAAUGGUUCCACUUUAUCCUCUAAUGGAAUAAUAAUAAUCUGUUUACAGCAAUAUCUUGAACUUGCUGUAGAUACGGAAACCUUGUUCCCAACCAAAGCGUCUCGCUCCUGUCUGUCAUCUGCAUCAACAGUCUGGAGUCUAAUGUUUACUGUCUGAAGGGCCAUCAGAGCAGAUUUGUUAGUACUGCUGUAUUACUCACCAGAUUAGGGCUGCACAAUGUUGGAAAAAGUACAUUGCAGUAUAGGAUAUAUUUUGGGAUAUUACCAGAGAUUUUCACAGUAAAUCUGGUCGAUUUUAUAUCACAAUAUAUUUCUUAACUUAGGUAAAUACGAUAUAAUUCUAAAAUCCUACAAAAAAUAGCUGCAGACUUGUGAAAAAUGAUUUUGCCAAUUUAUGAUAUAAUACACCCAUAAAGAAUGUUAGUCAGUGACAAAUGCGGUGAAUAAUAGACACUAAAUUUUGUCAUUGUCGUUUUUUAAUCACAACAUAUAUUUUUUUAUUGAAUUAUUGUCUUGCCCUAACCAGAAGUUAAUAAUUCAACCUGGCUUAUUUUUAAUAAUAAUAUAAAUUAAAUGAGCCUCAUGAUAUGUAACGGAAAAUAAGAACAGUGAGAAUUUUCCUUUUGUACAAGGCAGUGAAAUAUUUUAUUAUAUUUUUUAAUUAGACAAUUAAAAGGACAGUGCUUGUCCUGUCAUUUGACGAUUGCAUAAUAUAAGCACAUUGCGAUAACAAUGCUGAACCAAUAAAUUGUGCAGCCCUACAUCAGACACUGAAUUGCCCGUGACCCUUCUAGGCUAAUCAGGUUACAGAAGGUGCUGAAAGACGCCCCAUUAGAAAGAGAGAAGCUAAGGGCUAAUGGAUUUUAAUUGCUGCUGAAAAUCUUUGGUUGGGAACAAAGCUGAGGUAAAGAAUUUCUGAAGCUAAAAAAAAGAGAGAAAAAUCACCAACAUGGUAUUUGGUAUGUUUGCACAAAGCUGAACACACCCCCAGUGUGGAGUGUGGGAUAUUACUGAAGUGUUUAGCUUCAGAGGGGGAAUAAUAUGGUAGAAGUCAAUGAAUUCCCAAAGCCUUUACCUCAGAUUUAUAAUCCUUAAUGUUUUGGUAGUUCUGAGAAUUUAUAUAUAAAACUGAAAAUCAUUUCAGGACGUCUUACCUGAAAAGUGCCAAAAUAUUUGUUUCUUUGUUGUUUUGUUUCCUUACUUUUUAAGGGGUUCACUAAAGUGGAUGAAAUUGGAGUAAUUGAGUAUUUGCACAAAACUACUGUAACUCUUGUUUUCUCCUGUGACUGAUGCUUUUUCUAAUCUGUACGUGGUAUUUAUGAAUAAUUAAUAAUUCAUUAAACUAUUUAUAAGCCUA